GACAGACCCUUUGAGUGCGACGAUUGUGGCAAACGAUUCACUCGAAAGGAAGAUCUUAAUCGACAUUAUGUGUUGCAUACGGGAGAAAAGCCUCAUCAGUGCCCCACUUGUCUAAAACGCUUCUCCAUAAAGCCAUCUCUGAAACUGCAUUUAUUGACGCACACGAAGGAAGAGCCGCGCAGUUGUCAUGAGUGCGGCCGGGCUUUCAUUCGCAAGGACUGUCUUCUCCGACAUAUGCGUAAAAGACAUCGCGAUUUACUCGACAAGAUUCUGAUGGAGGAUAAGGACGACGACGAGGCGUCAGGUUCUGCGGCCUCUCCCGGUUCGAGCGGUUAUGCGGUCAACAAUCGGGUUCUAAGCGAACAAAAGUUAUGCGAUUCUAUACGAGAAUUGCUGAGUCUUUUGGUGGACGAGACAACACUGAAAGGGUUUGGAUGGCCGGACGCUCCCGUCGAUGAACUGCUCGAAGCGGUGAUCAAACGGUGCGGACACACACCUGUCAAACACGACAGUUACAGCUAUUAUGACAGACUUCGAGAGAACUCUAAGCUC